AGUGAUUCUGUCCAUCCUGCUCCCUCAAUUUCAAUACGAGGCAGAAGCUCAGGAUGCUGACCAACACGCGUCUCGCACAGGAGGCUCGUCGCAAAGUCAUAUCCCGGUGACGUGACCGCCGUCGUCGAGUGCAGCGCGAUCUACAACGAGCAUGCUCCCUCGGAAACACCUCUCCAGUCUACGCAGGACCCCUCGGAGGAGACACCUCUCCACGUCCAAUCAGAGCGCGUCUUCCGCAGAUGCGGUCCGUCGCGACCUCCGCGCUCUUCUGCGCGACACCGCGCAACCUGUCGCUGUCGUGACAUCGCUCAUGCCGGCAGCGUCCUCGUCGGUCCCAAAAGCUACCUCUUCGCCGCACUCGCGCUUCCACGGUGCGACCCUCUCUUCCUUCACCUCCAUCGCGCUCGACCCCCACCCGCUCGUCGCCUUCUCCCUCCGCAUCCCCUCCCGCAUGGCGACCUCGCUCAGCUCCGCGCACACCUCACCCCCUUCACCCAACUCGCAUCCAACACCAACACCCGCGACGAGCGCAGCGCCCGCACACGCGUCCCCACACCUCCCCGCGCAGCUGGUCAUCAACAUCCUCUCCGCCGCGCAGCCCGCCGUCGCCGCGCGCUUCGCGCGGCCGGACCUGCACGCGGACCCGUUCGCGCACACGCCCUACGCGCUCUCCACGGAGGGCCUGCCCGUCCUCGCCGGCGCGCUCGGCGCGCUCUCGUGCCGGCUCGUCGCCGCGAGCUGGCCGCUGCACGACCUCGAGUCGCUGCAGGGGCGCGAGAGCGGGGCACGGGCGUGGGAGGGCGACGGCGUCGCGAGUGAGCUGUUCAUCGCGCAGGUGACGAGGGUGGAGGAAGUCCCCAGGCUGGGACAGGAGAGGGAAGCGGAGGAUGCGGCGCCGCUACUGUAUUAUCGGCGGGCGUAUGCUACGACGCGUCCACUCCGAGACGAACCCUAUCACGAAAAGAAACCUUGA